AUGAUCACCAUCACCACCGGCGCAAAGCUAAAAAGUGAAAUAGAGACGUGGGUGUCGGCCCUGGGCCGCUACGAUAACAACGAGUUCGAUGAGGCCCUCAAGGACUUUGAGAAGAUUUCCGACACAUCAAAAAUUCUCUUCAACAUGGGUGUCAUUCACGCUACGUUAGGAGAGCAUGAGAAGGCUGUUGAGUGCUACCAGCGCGCAAUCAGAUUAGAUCAGUACCUCGCUGUCGCCUACUUCCAACAGGGCGUCUCAAAUUUCCUGCUCGGCGAUUUCGAAGAGGCAUUGGCCAACUUCAACGAUACCCUGCUCUACCUCAGAGGAAACACCAUGAUUGACUACGCCCAACUGGGCCUGCUCUUCAAGCUCUACUCCUGCGAAGUCCUCUUCAACCGCGGUCUUUGCUACAUUUACCUGCAACAAAAGGAUGCCGGUCUGCAAGAUCUGUCCUACGCCGUGAAGGAGAAGGUCGUCGAGGAUCACAACGUCAUUGACGAGGCCAUUCGUGAGGAGGCAGAGGGUUACACCGUCUUUUCGAUCCCCGUCGGUGUCGUGUACCGACCGAACGAGGCCAAGGUUCGCAACCUCAAGACAAAGGACUACCUCGGAAAGGCACGGCUGGUCGCCGCCUCCGAUCGCGCGAACGCCUUCACAGGCUUUGCCGGGUCCGAGAUCAAGAAUGCCGGCAAGAACGAUAACAAGGACGACAGGCCCGCUGACAACAUCUCCUUCGCCGCCACAAACCUCGUCAAGCCCGGCUUGGCGUCUAGAAGACAACAAUCCGAGCCGCCCAACGGCCGCGGCGUCUUCCCGCCCACACCUCCGCCUGACCAGGUCGAGGCCAACGCCGGCGGUGGCAUGACCCGUGGACAGUCUGUUCGCAAUGGCCCCAAGCCAAUGCUUGCAAAGCUCAACAUCGACAACGCGAGAUCAAAUGACCGAUACCAAAAGACGAGCAGCCCACAGAACGAUCGUCGGGCGCCGCCGUCCAUGAGAUCCGAGUCUCGUUCCGCCACUCCCAGCAGGGGCUACUCGAGACGCGACCAGCAGAUGCGCGGUCGUCCCGUCGACGAAGAGGCCGAGGACGCCUACCCUGAUGAGUUGUACGACAUGUACCAAGGUGGCGGCGGAGGUGGCAGCACGAGAACCAGCCGGCAGACGUCCCGCCGUGUGCCCCAAAGGUACAUGGAGGACGAGGAUGACGGUUCUGAUUACGGCUCCUUCGAUGAGGGCGACUUCGAGAUGGUGUCCAACCGACGUCCCGGCACAAAUUCCAUGUCUUCUCGCGGCGGCUCAAGACGGCCAGAGAUUCGCAAGAUUCGUGUCAAGGUCCAUGCCGAGGAUGUCAGAUACAUUAUGGUCGGUGCGGCGGUCGAAUUCCCCGAUUUCAUCGACCGUAUCCGUGAGAAGUUCGGCCUUCGUAGGCGAUUCAAGAUCAAGAUCCGCGACGAGGACAUGCCUAAUGGCGACAUGAUCACCAUGGGCGAUCAAGAUGACCUCGACAUGGCCAUCAUGACUGCGAAGAGUCAGGCGAGGAAGGCAAGGCAGGACAUUGGCAAGAUGGAGGUGAAUCUGGGUUCAGGAAAUUUAGACGAAUUAUACCCCCCAAGCCACAUGACGACUUGA